AAAUAAGCUAUUUCCGUUUAACUUUACACGCUUAUCUUGAUAGCUAUAUGUAUUGUCGGAAUGCAUACAUGAAUUAUAAUUACUUUUUAAUUUUUUAUUUAAUUAACAGUCUCAUUAAUUCUCGUAAAACACUCAUUUUAUUCCAGGUGGUGCAAUGCGAGCGGGCGAGGGAAAUUCAGAGGAAACGCGAAAGGCAGCGGGAUACAACGGGGCGGGUCUAACAACAAAGCCAAAGGGGGCAGCGGAUUUCGACCAAUGGGAGCGGAGCAUGUGGAUUUACACUGCUGAGGCGCAGGACUUUAAAUCUGACGAGAUUAAAUCACGGCCAGAUCAGGAGGGUUAUGAUUUAUAACGACGUGUGGUGUAAUUCACACUGACUUUAGGGAUUUUCCACACCCAUUUGGCUGUUAUCAACGAUGUCUACCUGUCUACCGUCCGCCAUCGCCUCAAGGAAAGCGGUCCCAGAGAUUCUCCCUCUCCUGAAGCUCACGGGGACAUGCAGAAAUCUGUUCGGACCUGUGGAUCACGACGAGCUGAAGCGAGAGCUGACAUCCAAGCUUCGCGAAAUAUCUCAGCGAGAUCAGCUGAGGUGGAACUUCGAUUUCAGUGAAGGACAGCCGCUGAACGGGGAUUUAAAGUGGGAGGAAAGUCCAGCUGAGGACUGUCCGGAGUUUUACAGAGAGAAGACUGCAGUGUCAAAGAGACCAUUUGUGGAUUUACCCACGACAGAAAGAAUCGUCCCAAAAUGUGGGAGCCGUACAAUGAAAGAUUUGAACCAAGAGAACAAGACAGCCAUGUGUAACCGACGAAAAUUAUCUCGCAAAACAGUCGCGCGCACCCAGACGAAGAGACUCACGGACAUGCGCAUUACAGACUUUUAUGGGAAGCGAAAGAAAACGGACAGCGUCCAUAAGGAAAGCAGAAACAUCCUCUGAAGGGGAAAAAGGCAGCCCACCCGCCGUGAGUCACGGAGGCGGGAAAAGGCCGGAAGUAAUGACGAUUCAGUCUGACUCGCGUUAUUACCUUUUACAGUCUGUGGUUAUUACGUGAUAAUGUGAUUCUGUAAUCUUAUUUAUGUACUGAUGUAUACUCUGUACAGUGUACAACUGAUAAGUAACUUUAAAUUAAAGUCAGGACAAGUAAGCCUAUUUAUUGUUCACUAAUAUAUACCAGUAUGUAUAUAUUUUGUAAUGGCUUAAAUUAUUUAUUUAUUUUUUAUUCACUUUUACAUUUUUGUGGUUGAAAAUGUAGCUUUUCAUCUUGAUCCUGAGCCAUAUUUGUCACUAUUGUGAAGAUGUUGUUUUAAUAAAUGUGUAUAUAUAAACGUA